AUGUCCCACACUAAUCCCAACCUCCACCGGCAGGAGCACGAUAACCCAACGUUCGAUUUGAGCUGGGAUUACGGAUAUGACUCCGAGUUACGCAUUGCACCAACAAGCAACGUUGUACCCGUAGUGCACACGGGAGAAAAUCGAAUCAUCACAGCACAACCUCAACAACAAGAUAACGGCCUCAAUUCCGACACCCCCAUCAGGUCUGUCAACAGUCCCUUCCUGACACCGUUCAACCCCAGAUCCGGCCUUGACUUCCUGUACGGACUCGCUUCGGUUUUCAUAGAACAAACCUAUGAACUCAACGAAUUCCUAUCGGCGGUUUCUUCGGACAACCGCUACACCAUUCGGGGUCCAUCGAAUGAAGCCCUGUACGGCGUGUCGGAAGCCUCCGACCCCGGCGAUCGCUGUUGGGGUUCGCUGAGACCGUUUCAACUGUCGCUGGUCGACCGGAGCCAUCAGGAGGUGGUACUGUUGAAGAAAAAUCUUGGCUGCGGGAUAUUUUGCUGCUUUUGCAAGAAUCAGUUUCUCGAGCUGUGGGCUACCCCGGGAAUUCUGCUCGGUUGCAUUCAGCAAGACUACAGUCUGACGUCGCGGGAAAUCAUCCUGAUGAACGGGGACUUGAAUACGAUGUUUAGGAUACCGAUUUCGUUGGGCAAUGCGAUACAUAUGCCCAAGGAAGCGCACUUUCUCGUGAUGGAUAGGGACCUGCGUACCCAGAAGGGUACCAUUACCAGGGCGUGGAAUGUUGGCAGCUCGGCGUACACUAACAAUGUCUAUUUUGCCGAACCGGAGCUUGAUGUUCGACUGAAAGUAUUAUUUGUGGGGGCCGCCUUUUUACUAGAAUAUAUUUAUUUCCAAUCUAAUUGCUGCUGA